AUGGGUAUCAAACGCAUCAUCCUCACCAUCAUCCUCAACUUUGUCAGCAAACUUCCGCGUUGGAUCCGCGAGCGGAUAGUCCCAGAUAUGCGAAUUCCGGAGAUCGCAAACAACCCGGCGAAGGUUCAACUCGCCAGACUUGGCCAUGUAUACGUCGAGCAUACAGAUCUCGAUCAAUUCGACAAGUUCGCAGUCGAUUUCGGAUUUGUAGUCGCAAAACGGGAAGACGCGAAGGUCUACUAUCGCGGCUACGGCAAAGAUCAAUACAUUUACGUCGCUUCUCAGUCAAAAGAUGGCACUCCGCGCUUCAAAGGACCCGCAUUUGUCGCGAACUCAGAGAAGGAGUUCGAGAAAGCCAAAGCAAUUCCAGGAGCCGAAGUUCAAUCUUUGAGCGAUUCUCCUGGCGGCGGCCAAAUCAUCACAUUCAGUCGCGCGGACAACACUUUCUUCCAUGUAAUUUAUGGACAAGCUGAGAGAGAAGUCAAUGCUUCGUCGCCUCCGACAGCCACACACGAAGAAUUGGGACCGCUUAACACGCCGUUCGAGAAGCCACGACAAGGCCGAUUUCAACGCUUUCAUGAUGGCCCAGCUCUGAUCCACAAGCUGGGGCACUUUGGCUACGUCCACUGCCAAUUCGAUGAAGAGCUGAAGUGGUAUACGGACAAUUUCAACUUUGUACCGUCAGACAUCCUCUACCACUGGGACUUCUCCAACAUUGACGUUAUGACAUUCAUGCACCUCGACUUGGGCAAACAAUUCUCAGACCACCACGUCUUCUUCAUGCAGCGAGCGCCUCCAGAGGUCCAGAAGACAUAUGUUCAUCACACAUCUUACGAAGUUGAGGAUUUCGACACACAGCUGAUCGGCCAUCAGUGGCUGGCCAAGAAAGGCUGGAAGAGCGUCUGGGGAGUAGGAAGACAUGUUCUCGGGAGCCAGAUAUUCGAUUAUUGGCAAGACCCUAGUGGGUUCAAAAUCGAGCACUAUGCAGAUGGAGAUGUUGUCAAUGAAGACACGCCAACUAAACGUGACGUCGUGGGACCAUUGUCGGUUUGGGGUCCUGAGCUGCCGAAGGAUUUCGGUGAGGACGGAACGAAGAGGCUGUUAAUUUGA